CCACAGCAAUCCCUUUCCCAUCCUGACCACCGAGGACAACCAGGUAGGCAGGUCACCACAAUGCCCCACACCAAGCUGCUGCUCCUCCUCACCCUCCUCUGUGCCACCGAGACCGGCCGGACUCUCCGCCUCUACAACACAGCCUCCAUCUUCAGCUGCCUCAACGCAGCCCUCUCUGAAGCCCAGAAGAGCCACCCAGAGGAAAACACCAUCUUGGACAAGCGUGGCCUCGCCUCCCCAUCACCAGAGGAGGCAUCUGAGGAGGAGGAGGAGAUGGAGGAUGUGGUGGAUGAAGAGAUGGGGAAAAGGACGUUCCCGGGGGAAGGCCAUUACAAAUACGUCUCACAGGCGCAGGUGAAGGGGAAGAGCUACCAGAACCGGGCCAAGAGCGACCGCCGCACCAAGGUCACCCUCUCCCUCGACGUCCCCACCAACAUCAUGAACAUCCUCUUCAACAUCGCCAAGGCCAAGAACUUGCGGGCCAAGGCGGCCGCCAACGCCCACCUGAUGGCCCAGAUCGGCCGGCGGAAGUGACCUCC